AUGAAGGUGGUGACAUUCAUGUUGCUACUGAUGGGAAUUUUCACCAUUGUCAUCAGCACUCAGCAGGCAGUUGUCCCCCUUUCUACAAGCCCACAUAUUUCAUUCCCAAGGCUCAAGAUUGGAUGGGCAUUUCCUGAUGAAGUGAUUAAUCAAUGUGAGGCAUCAUAUGAAGCAGCUGAUGGCAACAAGCAGAAGGCCAUGAUGGAUUGCUUCAACGACACUGGCAUCAUGGCUCUCAUAUGCCAUCACGACAUCCUGCUUUUCCUUGCAAACAUUGACACCCCUGGCAAACAACAGAAGUAUAGUAUUGCACUCCUGGAACACCUCUUUUCCCUCUUGCCAUCAGCAGCAACUGUUGUUGUAUUGUACAACAUUGGUUGCAUUCUUGAUUGUUCAUUAUCCAAGGUCAGCAAGCCACUUUUUACAUCUACACAUGUGCUGAUAUUCUUGUGCAAGGUACCAAACACCUUUGGUCAUGAUUCAUCAAACUUAUCAGCAUUGAUUGACAAGAACUUGAAAUAUUCGCUUCAGCAUGAAUGGCAGAUAUGGUUAAUUGAUUGGCAUGUGGCUGCCAUCGGACUGGGUAUGCAUAGAAUUUCUGAACAAGGUUCUGAGGCACAGAACAUCAUCAGUGACUGUGGUAUUGGUAUUCCAGAGUUGCAGAAGCAGUGGUCUGAUCAAUGCAAUGUGCCAGCAUGGCUGAAGAAAGAAUUAGACACAGUGCUUGUACUGCAAGCCGAUGUGGAAGCCUCUGACAGAGCCCUACAAGCUGUGCACAUGAUAAUCAUGCAGGGCACGGUGCAGGAUACCCUUGAUGCUCUCGAGAGUCUGGAGCGCAGCCACAACCAACUUCUAAACAAGAUAGAUGUGUUGUAUGCUUCUCUCAACAUCCCUGACAAAUUUCUGGAACUCCAUGGAGUUAACUUGGAGUUUGUUCAGAUGGUGUGA